AGGCAAAUUUCUGAAAUCUCACCGUGGUUUUGGCCAUCACCAUCAGUCACAACAUGGCCAUCGCGAUGCCUCUCUCGGAGGUUUGUGGCCAGCAGUCUUUAAUUUGGCGGCAAAAGCAGACAUCAAAGCGAAUGCCACCUGUGGAGAGCGAGGAAGAGAGGAGUUCUGUAGGUCAUCAGAAAACGGCAAAGGAAGAUGUGGAAUAUGCGACAAUUUCAGUCCAGACCCAGGGAAGAGACACUCAAUCGAGUAUGCGAUCGACGGGAGCAACAGGUGGUGGCAGAGCCCGUCCCUGUACUAUGGUCCCGAAUUCGAAUAUGUCACCAUCACCAUCGAUUUGAAGCACCCCUGUUUUUUCACCGUCUCGGAUUCCGAUUGUGCCCAAGAAGUGUAACAAUGACAACAGGUAUUUUAAGUGGAAAGGUAAGAUAA